AUGAAAGUCAACUUGGCUGCCCAGACACUCAGUGCAAGCAUCGCAGAUGCGCUGGAAUUCUGUGAUCAAGACCUAAACAUUGCAAGCUUUCAAGGGUGCGAAGCUACAGUGAGCUUCCUCAGAAGGUUCGACCGUCUCUUCGACAUCCUGAACUCUCGCAAUCCUCUGGCAAAGAACUUCAAGGUGUUCGAUAUCACGUUCGCCAUUGUCAUUGACACAGGGCUUCCCAUGGGCAACCUGCAAUCUGAUGUCUCUUGGUUGUGGCUUCACAAGGUGUACGAGGUUAGUGUAGGCAACGAGGAAAGAGACCAAGUCAGCACAAUGAGCUUCACUUUUAUUAGUGCUUUUGCUAUUCUGCGUCUUCUGUCACGAUGCACUUGUACCUGUACUGGCAAAGAGCCUCCGACGGUAUUCUACCCAGUGUUGCUGGCAGGCAGAUCCGCCGAUGGAGCCAAAUCGGUCUAUAUCGACGACCAGCUAACCCUCAACCUGGAAAAGACAUCUGUAUUGUCCGAGCCAUUUACACUUACAGACGAAGGAAAAGUGCCAAGGGACUCGGUCGUUGAUGUACGGGAUAUCGAAGACAACCUCUAUCACGACCCUGAUAAGCUGUCGGCUGUUAUAAUGAGAGACCAGGACACUGGGAUUGAAAUGGAAGGAAUAAUAAACAAAACUCAUCGGAUUCAACCAUCGAUCACGAGUGCCCGAUCUGCUGAUGGACAACUCGCCCACGAAAUAUAUUGUACUGAAGAAGGAGGGCACGACUACGACAUAGCAACCAAACUUCCAGAAUCGGGAAGACCGCCAAUAAUAGCUCGUGAGGACAGCCAGUUUCAGUUUCCAUCUGCAAUCUACCCGAGCAUUCACGUUGUGUCCGACUACCACCACUCGGGGAAUGUGACGCAAGAGCAGCUCGUUCGCUACAUUGCUAUCUUCUUUGCAAGCGUAAACCUGAGGUUAAAGGAGCUGUAUGACCCGGCGGUUCGUUUCAACGUCAGAGGGGUAACGAAACUUCAGAAAGGGAAUUCGGAUAUUCUGUCGGAAACCCGUAACGGCUUCCACACCUACCUGGACGAUUCAAAGACGUUGGAGAAAUUCCGGCAAAACUACAGAGUAACCAGAAGGACAGAAGACAUUGCAAUCUUAUUGACAGGAUUGGAUAUGGCCUCUUUUCCAAGGUACGGCGUAUGGAGUACGAGCGUAGCCGGACUUGCCUACUUGGGAGGACUUUGCACUCCAGGACAAAACGUCGCCCUCGCAGAAGACACAGCACUCAGCUACAGCAGCGUUCACAAUGUUGCACACGAACUGGGCCACUUACUGGGCGCACCACAUGAUGGAUCUGUGACUGCCAGCAGCUGUAGGUUCUCCGAUGGCUACAUGAUGGGCUACGACAGCAAAGGCGUCAACCAUUACACCUUUUCUGUGUGCAGUCAAAAGACUAUAAGGGCACACCUCAAGUCUGCAAAUAAAAGUUGUGUGGCAGCGAUGGCCACCCCUGUAUACGAGACCCCGAUAGGACUUCCCGGUAAAAAUAUCAAUUUGGACAAGUACUGCAACAUGGUCGAUAAGAAAAUGACAUUCGCCCGCUUGAGUGUCGACGCGAGAUCACGCUGCGACAUGAGGUGCUGCAGAACUCUUUGGAACGGCCUUGGAUUGGAGUGUGUGACUACAAGUGCUCUCGAUGGAUCCACAUGCAAUGCUGCCAAAGGACAUGUUUGCAUUAAUGGCUUAUGCGGCAAAGAAGAGGAUCUAGUCAAGCCUAGACGUCCUGGAGGAGCUUAGGACAAACUUGUAGGCGAAAACUGCAAGACGUUUGAACGUCGUAGGAGAGGUGUUCC